GCAGCGCCUCCUUCCUUAUCCCCUCUCUCCCUCUUUCUCUCUCUCUCUCUCUCUGCAGCUGCCAGCUGGAGGCGGCGAUGGCGGCGGCCUCCUCCCUCCUGUGCGGCGCGAGGGCAGCGGGGCCCGCGCUGCGGCUGGGUCGCGGGAGCGGCGCCAGGGGAGCUCGCCUCAUCCUCUCGUGCUCCGCCUCCGCCGCGGCGCCGCCGGGGGCAGGGUUCGGUGGGAGGGUGGGGUUCCUGGGCCUCGGGAUCAUGGGCGCCCCCAUGGCCGCCAACCUCCUCAAUGCCGGGUGCGAUGUCACGGUGUGGAACAGGACUAAGAGCAAGUGCGACCCGCUCCUCACCCUCGGCGCCAAGUACGAGCCUUCGCCGGCCGAUGUCGCUUCCUCCUGCGAUGUGACCUUUGCGAUGCUCGCUGAUCCUGCGAGCGCGGUUGAGGUUGCAUGCGGGGCCAAUGGAGCUGCGCAAGGGAUGUCCCCAGGGAAAGGGUAUGUGGAUGUGUCGACGGUUGACGCUGCUACGUCUAAGUUGAUUGGCAAGCACAUUACAAAUACUGGGGCAUCUUUCCUUGAGGCUCCAGUUUCAGGCUCAAAAAAGCCAGCUGAAGAUGGGCUGCUUAUCUUUCUUACUGCAGGUGAUGAACCUUUGUACAAUAGAGUGGCACCCCUCCUUGAUGUUAUGGGCAAGUCAAGAUUUUUUCUUGGUGACGUUGGUAAUGGUGCAGCCAUGAAGCUCGUUGUUAAUAUGGUUAUGGGGAGCAUGAUGGUUUCGUUUUCAGAGGGACUGCUCCUGAGUGAAAAAGUCGGUUUAGACCCCAAUACUCUUGUUGAGGUUAUUUCGCAAGGUGCUAUCAGUGCUCCCAUGUUCUCCCUCAAGGGCCCUUCCAUGGUUAAAGCUGCAUACCCUACUGCUUUUCCUCUGAAGCAUCAGCAGAAGGAUUUGAGGCUUGCAUUGGCCCUGGCAGAAUCGGUGUCCCAGUCUAUUCCUACGGUUGCAGCUGCAAACGAGCUGUACAAGGUCGCGAAAUCGCUUGGGCUGGCGGACCAGGACUUCUCUGCCGUAAUCGAGGCGCUGAAGGCAAAGGAGCAGAACAAGUGAACAGAUCAUCACAGCCAUAGGAAUUGUUUGUUGAGUCGCCAUUGAUGUAGCAUGGGCUUGCAACUGAUUAAGAGUUGGAACCAUACCAAUUUUAUCAAUUUUGUUGCAGGAAGCGAUGCUUGUUUUACAGACAGAAUAAAAACUUGAUUGAUGACAGGAGACCUGAAACUGUCAAGUAUCUGAUCCCAACAUUACUGUUGGCCAUUACAUGUAAAAUUCAGCAACGAUACAGAAAUGGACUCAGUAGCUA